GGAGCAAAGAAAACAAACCGCCCUAAUCCCGGCAACGCCGUGGCAAAACCCCGCCGGGCGCCGGCAACCGGGGCAAGGUGCGCUUCGGGGCGGACCUUGGCCACCGGCACCCAAGCCUGACCAUGCCGGCGCUGGGGAUCGUCACGGCGGCGGUGGUGGGACUGGUGGUGCUGGCGGUGCUGGUGCCGGCGGCGACGACGCGUUUGGUGCCUUUCUUCUGGGCUGACCUGGUGGCUUUCAGCGGCUUGGUGGGAUCGUCCAUCCGAUGCCGGCGCCGGUUGAACCGCCGUCCCCCCGUCACCCUCCUGGAUGUCUUUCGGGAGCACGUUCGCCGCCGGCCCCGUUGGCCGUUGAUCCUCUUCCAGGAGGAGGUUUACACCUACGAGGACGUGGACCGACGGAGUAACCAGGCUGCCCGACUCCUCGCCCGCCGCCUGGGGCUGGAACCGGGCCGGACGGUGGCCGUCUUCCUCCCCAACCACCCCACCUACGUCUGGACCUGGUUGGCCUUGGCCAAGUUGGGUUGUCCCAUGGCAUGUCUCAACUGUAACGUGCGGGGGCGGGCGCUGCAACACGCCUUGGCUGCCGCCGGGGCCACCGUCGUCCUCUCCAGCCCCGAGCUCCAGGCGGCCGUGGAGGAGGUGCUGCCAGCCCUGCAGCGCGAUGGCAUCCGCGUCUUCUACCUCAGCUCCACCUCGCCCACGCCGGGUGUGGAGGCCCUGCUGCCUGCCAUCGAGGAGGUCUCCCAUGAGCCCCUGCCUGCCCACCACCGUGCUGGCGUCACCGCUGACUCCAAGGCCCUCUACAUCUACACCUCCGGCACCACCGGACUACCCAAGGCAGCGGUGAUCACAGAGCUGAAGCUGAUGAUGGUGGCCAACUUGGGUCGGCUCUGUGGCCUACGGCCUGAUGAUGUCAUCUACACUACGCUACCGCUCUACCACUCGGCUGGGCUGCUCAUCGGGGUGGGAGGGUGCUUCGAGGUCGGAGCCACCUGCGUCCUACGGGGCAAGUUCUCCGCCUCCCAGUUCUGGGAGGACUGUCGCCGCUACAACGUCUCCGUCAUCCAGUACGUGGGCGAGCUCAUGCGCUACCUCUGCAACACGCCCAAGCGCCCCAAUGACCGGGAACACAGGGUGCGCAUGGCCUUGGGCAAUGGCCUGCGGGCAGAGGUGUGGAAGGAGUUCCUCCAGCGCUUCGGGCCCGUCUCCAUCUGGGAGUUUUAUGGGGCCACCGAGGGCAACGCCGGCUUCAUCAACUACACUGGCAAGAUCGGGGCCGUGGGCAGAGCCAACAUCUUCCUCAAGACUUUUGCUCCCUUUGAGCUGAUCAAGUACAACGUGGAGGAGGACGAACCCGUCCGGGAUGAGCGAGGUCUCUGCAUCCGAGUCGGCCCCGGCGAGACGGGGCUGCUGGUCAUCAAAAUCACCAAGAACACCCCGUUCCACGGCUACGCCGGUGAUUCCAAGAAGACAGAGAAGAAGGUCUUGAGGGAUGUCUUGGUCAAAGGCGACGCCUUCUUCAACAGCGGUGACCUCCUCAUGAUAGACCAUGAAAGAUUCGUCUACUUCCAGGACCGCGUCGGAGACACUUUCCGUUGGAAAGGUGAGAAUGUGGCCACCACAGAGGUGGAGGCUACUCUUGCCAUGAUGAACUUCAUCCAGGAGGUCAACGUCUAUGGAGUGGCCGUGCCAGGGUGCGAGGGGAGGUGUGGCAUGGCGGCCAUCCGCCUGAAAGCCGGGGCCAGCUUUGAGGGCCAGGACCUCUACGCCUUCACCGGGGACACGCUGCCCGCCUACGCCGCCCCCCGCUUCGUGCGGAUCCAGGACACCCUGGAGAUCACGGGGACCUUCAAGCAGUGCAAAGGCAACCUCGUCAAAGAAGGCUUCGACCCCAACAUCAUCAAAGACCCCCUCUUCUUCCGCGAUGACAAGAAGAAGUCCUACGUGCCCUUGAACCCCGACACCUACGCCGCCAUCAUGGACAGGAAGCUCAACCUGUAG